UUUGUUCUUAAAAUCCGACAUUAUCGUAUUCCUGUUUUACUCUAUGAUUUUAAACCGACAUCUAAGAAUGUGAAUGUACAUAUUUUGGCGGAAGUUGACUUUUCUGCCUAUAAAAAACGAUAAUAGUGCCAUUUGUUAAUUGCCGUCUCAGAUAGUAUUCUAUAUAUGUUACUUGUUUUCAGUCGUAUUCAAAUAAAAGAGCAUUAUAUUAAACAAGUUGAAGUAUAAAUAGCAAAGUCAAAACCAACCCAUCGUCAUCUCAAGCUCGUGCAAUCACGUCUACCUAUAACUAAGAGCAUCGACCGAAGAAGUACUUCUUUAACAAUUUAAAUUCAAAUGAUGGGGUAAGUUUCAUUUCAUUGGUCGGCCCUACUAUCCGUGUGUCCCACCUUCUCAUCUUUCAUAAACUACAUAAAAAUUCAUAUACUUAAAGGCAAAUUAAUGAUUGUAUAUUGUCUAGCUCAUAUAUAUGUCGUGUAUAUAUAUAUUUGCUCACACAUAGUUCAAAUCAAGCGUCUCCAUCUUCAAGCAAAAAUGGCUUCUCUUUUGUUAACAGUUUCACUUCUCUUUGCAGCUUUCUCUUAUCCUCUUGUAGAGGCUGCUUAUUAUAGUAAUAGUUACUACACCACCCCAAAACCAUUACUAAACCCAAUCGAUUCUUGCUGGCGUAGAAACCCUAACUGGGCAUCUAACCGCCGCGCUCUAGCCGAUUGCGCGGUUGGGUUCGGUAAAGCCGCAAUAGGGGGCAAAUACGGGUCAGUCUACGUGGUUACAAACCCAUCGGACAACCCUGAAAACCCUAGACCUGGAACCCUAAGGCACGCCGUGAUUCAAUCUAAACCGCUAUGGAUCACAUUCGCACGUGACAUGGUCAUAGUGUUGCAAAACGAGCUCAUCAUGAACAGCUACAAGACUAUCGACGGAAGAGGAGCCAAGGUGGAAAUCGCAUACGGGGCAUGCAUAACGGUCCAACAUUUGAACCAUAUCAUUAUACAUGGGAUAAGUAUCCAUGAUUGUAAACCGGGUAAGUCGGGUCGGGUGCGCAGCAGUCCGACCCAUAUUGGAAGUAGGAAAGGAUCGGACGGUGACGCAAUCGCCAUAUUUGAUUCUUCACAUAUUUGGAUCGAUCAUUGUUUCUUUUCUCGGUGUCAAGAUGGUUUGAUCGAUGUGCUUCAUGCUUCGACGGCCGUCACUAUUUCUAAUAAUUACUUCACACAGCACGAUAAAGUGAUGUUGCUCGGCCAUAAUGACAAUAAUGUGGAAGAUCGGAUUAUGCGAGUUACAAUUGCAUUCAACCAUUUUGGACCGGGUCUCAUUGAGAGAAUGCCUAGAGUGAGGCUAGGGUAUGCGCAUAUAGCUAACAAUAGAUACGAGAAGUGGCAAAUGUAUGCAAUCGGAGGAAGUGCUAAUCCAACUAUCUUCAGCGAAGGCAACUACUUCGUUGCUUCUGAUGACCCUAGCAAAAAACAGGUGACAAAGAGAAUAGAAAGCGGAUAUGAUUCGAAAAGGUGGAAAUGGAGAACAUCAAAAGACGUUUUCAAGAACGGAGCUUACUUCGUGCAGUCUGGAUACGGAACCGUCACGCCGUUGUACGGAAGAGCAGAGUGGUUUCCGGUGUCCCACGGCUCUCUCGUCCCUUCUCUCACUUCCUCCGCCGGCCCUCUCCGUUGCUACUCCGGCAGGACUUGCUGAUUAUUUAUAAUAUUCAUAAACAUGUUUUGUUUUUGUGUUUUGUGUUUUGCUUUCAACAUCGAGGCGGAAUUCCUGUAUCUGAGGUGUAUUCUGUGAAUUCUUCUUACCCGGGACGGAAUUCAAAUUUAUGGAGGAUCGAUUAUUUUUUUUUUAAAGUUUUUCUUUUUCAAGUUUGUU